AGAACGGUCAUCCCUCUCAAGCUCUCAGAUUUGGAACUUGGAUCGCCAAAAUCAAAACCUCCAUCACAAUCGAAAAUGGAGGAAGAGAAAGCGGUUGCCUACUACGACGAGCUCACACGCAAAGGAGAAGGCGCCGCCAGGUUCAAGCAAGGCCUCGGCUUCUCUAGCAACAAUGAACCUGCUCCUUCUAAAGGCUCAGCUCUCCCUUCUUAUUCUUCAUUUCUUAGCAGUUUUGUCAAAUCAUCCAGCCCCUCUCAGACCUCAAAAUUCGAAAAGCAAGCUCAGCUCGAAUCCAUUCAAAACAAGCUUAAGAAGAAACCGAAAGAUGACUCAUCUUCUAGGGUUUCCGAACGAAGCAGCAGAGAAUCGAGCGGUCGGCAUCGCUCCAGAAGUAGAGAGAGGGAUAAAGACAGGGACAGGGGGAGGCAUCAUAGGAGACGAAGUACGAGCAGAAGCAGGGAGAGAUAUAGAGGAAGGGAUAGAGAUAGGAGAAGGAGUAGAAGCAGGAGCAAGAGUCGGAGCUUGUCCCCACGGCGGGACCGGAAAUCGGAAAGAAGAAAUCGCAGCAGGAGUUUAUCACCUCGAGGACGGAGGAGAUCGGAGAAGAGCAGGAGUAACGAUGUAGAGCGUGAGAGAGGAGGAAAGGAGAGGAAUGAGAGCGUUGAUUAUUCACAGUUGAUUCCAGGCUUUGAAAAAAUGACACCCGCUGAAAGAGUCAAAGCCAGGAUGAAACUUCAGCUUGAUGAAACUGCUGAAAAAGAUACUGCAAAGGGUAUGGGCUCUGGUUGGGAGCGAUUUGAGUUCAACAAGGAUGCCCCACUUGAUGAUGAGGAACUUGAAGCUGCAGAAGAUGAUGCACGACUAGUCAAACACAUUGGCCAGAGUUUCAGAUUUUCUGCUGUCGAGGCACGAAAGGAGGAGGCAAUUAAAGCUGCUCAUGAUGAGGCCAUGUUUGGAGCACCAGUACUUCCAGGAUCCAUGAUUUCAGACAGCGAGCCGGAGGCAUCCAACAAUGAAAAGGAGAGCAACAGGGCAGAAGUCACCAAAGGCCUUUUAAGUGAGAAGGUUCUCGCAAAGCAACAAGGUUCUUGGCGUGACCGUGCUCGUAAAGCAUAGUUAGAUCAAGAGGUUUGAUAGGGUCGUACUGAUCAAGAAGCUGAUUGCUGAUGACAGUCUGGAUGUAGGAAAAGGAAUUGUCAAUGGUCGUUGCAAGUAAAAUUUUGAUCGCAUUUGAUAGUUGAAAGUAUGUUUCCCAGAAUUCAAUUGGACCAACAAUUUCCGCAUCCUGCUUCUUAAUAUCUGUGAAAUGCUGCAAAGGGAGGAUUAGGAAAGUGUAUUAAAUUAUUUUUUUUUCUCUUUUUAACUUCAUUUUGAUACUGAAUGCUAAAAUGGGUUAGGGCUUGGAGUGCAGAACAUUAGUUUUUAAUGUAUAUAUGGAGAAAAAAGAAGCAACAGCUCUAAUCUAUUGGGCGAUUAUUCU